AUGGGCCGCGAGGAAUUAAGGGCGGAGAAUCGAGGAGACGUCUGGACGACGCAGCAGGCAGACAGGAGAUGCUUCCGCCUUUUGUAUUCUGGUGGUCUUGGAGGGGUGGAGCGGCGGAGAGGUCGUGAGGGCGAAAGGACCAGGAGGGAGACGGAGGGGAGGCAAAGGGAGGGUCAGAACGGGACGCAAAACUGGCCUUGA